UCACACCGGAACUACUCAUGUUUUUCAUCAAAAUAAAAGCACUGUCAGAAUAACUCCAGAAGAAGACUGCAACUCCUGCGGCUAGAUUCGUAUCCCCGAGACCUUGUUGAUUUUAUUUUUUAUAACGUGUGCUUCUGUAUGUAUAUACAAAUUGCACAAAUGUAAAUAUUGUUUGGAGCUAAUCAUUGGUAUUAUUUAUUGUUCAUUUUAUAUUCAUUAUUUUAUCUAGCCACUUUAUCAGAUAUUCUUGUGCCCUUGUACUUUACACACUGAUAUUACUGAUAUUGCCUCACUCUAAAAUGACUUUAAUUGAUUUAACUGAUGCUAAAGUCCACUUCUUAUCAGAUAAAAUGACACAAAUUUCUAGACUAAAGAAUAAAUAAUCAUAUUUGUUAUGAACAGAAUUUAAAGAAACAAUUUAUUAUUAUUUAAUUAUUUAAUUUAAAUAUCCAAACUUUUAUUUUAAACCAUUAUAUGAAAUACAAACGUUUUUUGUGUCUUGCAGUUAUACUGGGCUGCUGUAGGACACAAAUUAGUAGCUAUUAUACCUACAAAACCAUUAAAAGAGUGCACUCCUAGCUUUAACCCAUAUCUAUUUAAUCUUUAUAUACAUUUCUGGACACAUAUGUAUGUCUGUAGAAAUAUAUAUUAUAUUGUUAUAACAUACGUACCUCAGCUUUUCUCAACCACACAAAUAAAUUUGUUUUUCUCUUUUAUUUUAACGUAAAACAAGACAAGCACAGCCUCUUCCUGUGACGUCGUUGACCCCGGAAGUGCCGCCAAAAUCUGUUUUUAAAAAAUGUAGGUUAUGUGACAGCUGAGCGGUUAGAUUUCACGGUGAUCUUUCCAAUUCACAGUGAAAAGGGUCCAGCACUGAGGAUGGACAAUGGAGCUGCAUCUGCUAAAGAUGAGGGCCUGCUCUCCAGAAUGGCCCUCAAUGACAACAAGGCUGGAAUGGAGGGUCUUGACAGGGACAUGAUUAACAAGAUCAUCAUGGAGACAUCCAAGGGUUCUAGGUUUUAUGAGAGUGAGUUGAAGCGAGAGCACCAGGUGAACCAGCGCAUUGAGAAAAUUAUGCUACAAAAGGGGCAGAUUACAGAGCAGCAGUUAAAGAAAGCACAAGCUCAGGUGGAAAGGGUGGUUUCGGAGCUGGAGAGAGGUCGUGAUCUAACCCGUCUGAUUGUGCAUGUGGACAUGGACGCUUUCUAUGCUGCUGUGGAGAUGAGAGACUGCCCUGAGCUGAAGGACAAGCCCAUGGCUGUGGGAUCCAUGAGCAUGCUGUCAACCUCUAACUACCACGCAAGGAAAUACGGGGUCCGAGCUGCCAUGCCUGGCUUCAUUGCAAAGAAACUAUGCCCCAAUUUAGUCAUAGUGCCACCUAACUUUAACAAAUACAGAGCUGUGAGUGAAGAGAUCCGAGAGAUCUUUGCAGACUAUGACCCUCAUUUCCAAGCAGUGAGCCUGGAUGAAGCCUAUCUGGAUUUUACAGACCACCUGGAACAGAGGCAGAGUUGGCCGGAGUCGUCUCGUACACACCGCUGCCGCACCAACAGUUCUCCCACAGGUGAAGAGCACAUUGAGCCUGAGGAGGCAGCUCCGGAGCAGAUAGACCUUUCUCCGGUCCUGUUUGAGGACAGCCCAAACUCUUCUCCCUUUUUGCUGAGCUCGGAAGGUGUUUGUGCUUCUGGUGGGGCUUGUGAGGUGUUUGGCACUUCUGUUGAGGAGGCAGUGAAAGAGAUGCGCUUCCGCAUUGAGCAGAAAACUAUGCUGACUGCCAGUGCAGGAAUUGCUCCAAACAUGAUGCUUGCCAAGGUGUGCAGUGACAAGAACAAGCCCAAUGGCCAGUACAGACUCCCCUCCACCAGAGAGGCAGUCAUGGAGUUUGUCCAGAAUCUGCCAGUUCGAAAAGUUUCUGGCAUAGGCAAGGUGAGCGAGAAGAUGCUCAACGCACUGGGCAUCAGUAACUGCGCUCACCUUGGCCAGCAGAUGGCGCUGCUGUCGUUGUUGUUCUCAGAGACAGCCUGGCAUCAUUUCAUGCAGGUCUCUCUGGGUCUGAGCUCCACAUAUAUACCCAGACAUGAAGAAAGAAAAAGCAUGAGCACAGAAAGGACAUUUAAGGAACUGAGCAGAGCCGAGGAGCAGUUUUCAUUGUGUCGAGAACUCUGUGGAGAUUUAGCAGAAGACAUGAAAAAAGAAGGCCUGAAGGGUAAAACGGUAACGCUGAAGCUGAAGAAUGUAAACUUUGAGGUGAAAACCAGAGCACAGACGCUGCAGUCUGCCAUUGCUACGCUGGAUGAGAUAUUUGCUGUUGCUAAGGAUCUACUGAAAACAGAAAUAGAAAAUGAAAGCCCCCAGCCACUCAGACUGAGACUCAUGGGUGUUCGAGUUUCUGCGUUUGUCAGUCUGGAUGACAAAAAGCCCCUGCAGAAGAGCAUUAUUGGUUUUCUCCAGACAGGCAAGACGGACUCCACUGACUCUACCCAAGAAAUGCAUCAAAAGCAGGAAAAGGAGCAUUUCUCCAAUCACUCUGUCCCAGCCUGGCCUUUGGCUGGUCUUCCCUCAGCGCAGAAGAGCCAGAAACCAGGAGAAGGUGGCCGGACUAGCGAGCCGCAGUCUUUCUUUCAGAGGGCUCAUGCUAAAAGGCUGCAGCUCCAGGCAGCGAAGGCGAGCACAGAGGAGGGUGGACAGGGGCGGGACGCCUCUGUCUCUGCUCCCACGGACGGGUGCGGCACGAGUGCAGCCCCCACAGAGGCCCAGGCGUCCACGUCAGGCUGUGGACGCCUGACGUCAGACGGCCUCACCUGUCCUGUGUGUUUCAGGCAGGUGGAGACGACGGAUUUGAAUGUCUUCAACGAACACAUCGACCGGUGUCUCGGUAACUCGUGUGGGAAUCCAAACCAAAGCAACCAUCCUGACUCGGAGUCAGAUUUGGAGUCCGAGGCAGAGUGUAAAGCAUUGGAAGGGGUGAACAGGUGCAGAGGGGAGUGUACCACUGAGAGUGCGAAGGCAAAUGGCGACGAAGAGUCCCAGUCGAAAAGAGAAGCUCAGCCGAGUUUGAUAAAGGAUGCUCACCCAGCGUCGUCAGUAACUGGCGCCAACCACGAAACCACCCCUCAGUCGUCCGUCCUUAUCUGCCCCGUGUGUCAGCGGACGCAGGACACCGGCGACCUCACCCUCUUCAACCACCACGUUGACCUCUGCCUGAAUCAAGAGGUCCUUCACGAGCUGCGGGGUCAGACCUCUCCUCCCAAAGACCCACCGUCGCUGACGAGGAACAGGACAGAGGACACAGGUCAUCUCCUGCCAAGACAAGCAUGUAAAGGAAAAAGCAAACGACGCGACUCUCCCUCCUCACCUAAUCCAAAGAGGACUAAAGGCCAUGGUCCUCGCAACACAAUUGACAAGUUCUUCAGGUUGUAACAGCGCCUCCAGCGCCUAACAGACUGUCCUCCAGAUGAGACCUCAAAGAUGUAUUUGCACUAAUUCUUAGCCUUCUAUGAGCCGCACAGUAGGAAAAAAAUGAAGCAUGAAUAUACUAUAUUUAGUAUAUUUAUAGAUUUUAGUAAAAUUCAUUGACAUGACUUUGAUGCCAGUUGCCAGUUGUCUAUCUUCUGUUACUCACUGAUUAUUUUAAAUUAUGCUAAAUAGAUCAUGAGGUUAUUUAUUACAUGCUAAGAUGCCAAGAUUUUUAAAUGUGUCUUAUUGGAGUUUAUUUAUGCAGAUCUUCUAAUUGUGCUUCUUAAUAUUAUUGGAUGGGUUUGAAGACAAAAUAGAAUCUGUCGUGUAAAUGGAAGCAAUAAAUGACAUUUGCAAUU